CUCGGGAGGAGGCCCCGCUCCGGCAGACAGCGGGUUAAGCGUCUCCGCGUGAACUUCCGGAUGUGACACAGGCCGGGCCCGUGUGAGCGGAGGAGCCGCCGCCACCCUCGGCCGCGAUCCGCGGGUCUUGGCCACUCGGAGACCCUGGUACCCGGCGGGGACCUCGGGGACCUCCCGCCGCGAUGAGCCCCAGGCCGUGACCUCCCGAGCCCAGGACAGGCGGCGCCGGCUCAUGGCCCGGAGGUAUGAUGAGCUGCGCCACUACCCAGGCAUUACAGAGCACACGACAGCCCUGGCCAGCUUUUCAGAGGCAGCGCCUUCAGUACCUAGAGCCCCUGGGCCCUACACCCCACACCGGCCACCCCAGCUCCAAGCUCCAGGCUUGGACAGCGACAGCUUGAAGAGAGAGAAGGAUGACAUCUAUGGACACCCCCUCUUCCCACUCUUGGCCCUGGUCUUUGAGAAGUGUGAGCUGGCUACAUGCUCGCCCCGUGAUGGGGCCUCGGCUGGGCUGGGUUCACCCCCAGGUGGUGAUGUCUGCUCCUCUGACUCCUUCAAUGAGGAUAUUGCUGCCUUUGCUAAGCAGAUCCGCUCCGAGAAGCCGCUGUUCUCUUCCAACCCGGAGCUGGACAACCUGAUGGUCCAGGCCAUCCAGGUACUCCGGUUCCACCUGCUGGAGCUGGAGAAGGUCCACGACCUGUGCGACAACUUCUGUCACCGCUACAUCACCUGCCUCAAGGGGAAGAUGCCCAUAGACCUGGUGAUUGAGGAUCGGGAUGGUAGUUGCAGGGAGGAUCUUGAGGACUACGCAGCCUCCUGCCCCAGCCUCCCAGACCAGAAUACUACAUGGAUCAGAGACCAUGAGGACAGUGGGUCUGUACAUUUGGGGACCCCAGGUCCAUCCAGCGGAGGCCUGGCCUCCCAGAGUGGGGACAACUCAAGUGACCAAGGAGAUGGGCUGGACACAAGCGUAGCCUCUCCCAGCUCUGCAGGAGAGGAUGAGGAACUGGACCUGGAACGCAGACGGAACAAGAAGAGGGGGAUCUUCCCCAAAGUGGCCACCAACAUCAUGAGGGCCUGGUUGUUCCAGCAUCUCUCGCACCCGUACCCUUCAGAAGAGCAAAAGAAACAGCUGGCCCAGGACACAGGGCUCACCAUCCUGCAGGUGAACAACUGGUUUAUUAAUGCCCGGAGACGAAUAGUGCAGCCCAUGAUUGACCAGUCUAAUCGCACAGGGCAGGGUGCAUCUUUCAACCCUGAGGGCCAGCCCAUGGCAGGCUUCACAGAGACUCAGCCACAAGUGACAGUCAGGACACCAGGAUCAAUGGGGAUGAAUCUGAACUUAGAAGGAGAGUGGCAUUAUCUAUAGAGGCUGGGUUCAAAGGGAAGGAAGGCCCCAGCCUCUGACUGUGACCACCAGCCUUGCGCCUAAUUGGUCCCUGCUGGUCCUUGGGCUUCAGGACUUCACCUCCAAAGCUCCCACCCCAUUCAACGCCUACCUCCCUGGGGUCCCCAGAAGCUUGAGGACCAAGAGCCCACUUGAGGGUCUCUCAAGGGCAAAGAAAAAGCCUCCAGGUCCUGCACCCUUCUUCUGCCCUCCCCUUUGCCCAGGACCUGAGCAGAGAAAUGGGCCAAGGUCUGAAGAAGAUGGUGGCUGGGGCCCCGAUCCAGGACAGAGAAGAGACUGGGGUUGGACAAGGAUGGUCAAGGAAGGAGGGUCACCUGGAUCCAAUGUUUGGAAGAAUCCUCCAUCUUCCUGCCCUCUGCCUCCCCCACCUCCCUUCUCUGACAUUCUUCUACUUUUCCUUUUUUAAUAAUAAAGUCUUUAAAAUGCAAAUCAAAA